AUGUACACAAGGCUUUUCUUUCCACAUCAAUCGCUCUCUCGACCAUUUGAACUUCAUUCAUUUUCACAGACUUUCCGCCAAGGGUCGUCUCUAUCAAGAACCAACUUGAUUUCGAGUGUCGAAGCUGGGCUUCGGCGUAUGGCAGUCAUAAGCGAUGUGGAAGGGGCCCGGGAGGCAGCCCCAUUCCCUCGAUUCUCUUCCAAAGUUCCUUUCUGGCGUCUUGUUUUCGAUCAGAGCGCGAUCACAGAGGAAGUUCUGCACUAUCACUGCGAAGGCUCUGGUACUGAGAGUGACCCAUUCAUUGUGACGUGGCUGCCGAGAGAUCCACGCAAUCCGAUGAAUUUCCCAGCGAGCACAAAAUGGUCAAUCACGAUCUUGGUUUCAUUUGUCACCCUAACCGUCGCGCUGGUCUCAUCGGCAUUCUCGGGCGGCAUGGGCCAGAUGGUCGCGGAAUUUGGUGUCCAGGAAGAGAUUGUCAUCCUUGGUGUUUCGCUCUUUGUUUUGGGCUUUGCUGAGAUUGGGCCAUUGAUAUGGGCACCACUGAGCGAGGUCUUUGGUCGUCGGCAGAUGUUCACGAUCAGUUUCGCAUUUCUUACUGCAUUCAAUGCCGGAGCGGCCGGGGCUCAGAACAUCCAAACCCUUAUCAUCCUUCGAUUUCUCGCCGGCUGUUUUGGCUCCUCGCCUUUUGGGAAUGCAGGUGGUACCAUUGCUGAUAUGUUUCCCGCCUUGCAGCGAGGAAUUGCGGUUAGCCUUUUCGCUGCAGCGCCCUUCCUUGGCCCAACUAUCGGCCCUGUUGUUGGCGGGUUUCUUGCAACAGGUUCUGGUUGGCGGUGGGUCGAAGGCUUCCUAGCUGUCUUUUCUGGCGUUCUUUGGCUUAGCAUCGUCUUAUUUCUACCAGAGACUUACUCCCCGGUAUUACUGCGCCGACGAGCAGCUGCAUUGUCGAAAGUGACCGGCGAUGUCUACAGAAGUAAACUUGACGAACAUGGGCCUAUUGCACUGAAGAAGACCCUCCAAACUGCGCUUUCACGACCUUGGAUCUUACUCUUCCGCGAGCCGAUUGUUCUUCUUUUUUCCAUCUACAUGUCGAUCAUAUAUGGCACACUCUAUAUGCUAUUCGCAGCCUAUCCUAUUGUCUUUCAAGAGGGCCGGGGCUGGAGUGAAGGAAUUGGUGGCCUUGCAUUCUUGGGCAUUCUCGUCGGUAUGGUUCCUGCUGUCAUGUCCACGAUUCCCGAGAAUCUACGCUAUGCCAGACUGUGCAACCAGGCGAAUGGCCGUCUCCCUCCAGAGAUCCGGCUUCCACCAAGUAUGUUGGGAGGCAUUACGCUACCUAUCGGGCUCUUCUGGUUUGCCUGGACGAAUUCUCCUUCCGUUCACUGGAUGGUAUCCGUUACUGCAGGUGCACCCUUCGGAUUUGGGAUGGUGCUUAUUUUCCUGAGUGUCUUUAACUACCUCAUUGAUUCCUAUACUGUUUUUGCGGCGAGUGUCCUCGCUGCAAACUCUGCACUUCGGUCACUCUUUGGCAUGGCCUUCCCUCUUUUUACCACUUACAUGUAUAGCAACCUAGGUAUUCACUGGGCUUCAUCCAUACCUGCCUUUUUGUCUAUCCUGUGUGCCCCAUUACCAUUCGUUUUCUAUAAGUAUGGUGCUCGAAUUCGACAAAGGUGUACUUUUGCUGCCGAAGCUGACUCCUUCAUGCGCCGUCUUGAUGAACAGAGCCAGAUUGCGACGGGAAAAGACGAACAAACCAUAUCAGGGAAUGAAGAAAGCAGUGCAGGCCAGUGUAAUCAGCCUUCAUAUGAGGCAAGCGACAUCAACAAUUCGUCCAAGGUUUCUUCAUACACCGAGCCAAAUAUAUCGCGAGCGUGCUGCCAGCCCGGACAAUCUAUUCAACAAACGACGACUGCCACACAGUAUGAAGGGAACCCGUACGACCUUAACCAAGUGAACACCCAGCAGUCGGCAAGUGGUGUUUGA